AUGCCGGCAACACCAAAGUCGACGCCCAAGAAGGCUGCCUCCAAUGGUAACAGCAGCAGCAGCACUACGCCUGCUGCCUCGCCAUCCGCUACUUCUACUCCAUCGCGUCUGACGAGGGCUCAGGCUCGCGCCUCGGGCGGACCCAUCAAGACGCCUUCGCCGCUCAAGAAAGGCGGCAGCAUCUCGACGCCCAAGGCAUCCGCCAAGAAGGCUACUGCUGCUGCUGCUGUCGUCGAGGAGAAGAAGGAGGAGGCCGCAUCGCCAUCCAAGUCCAAGUCCAAGACGCCCACCAAAGCCACCACCACACCAACCAAGUCGAGCCCCAAGUCGGCUCCUUCAUCCAAGAAAAAGUACACUGCCGCUGCUGCUGAAACGGAGUCGCCGAGUAAACUGCCUGCUAGCCAUGCCAAGCUGACGCGUAAGCCUACCUCGGCGCUGGCUACUGCUCAGCCUAUCCUUGCCGAGUACUCGGAAGAAGAGGACGAGGAGGAGGUGGAAGCAGAAGCAGACGAAGACGAAGACGACGAAGAGUCGGAUCUGGAAGAGGGCCAGGAUGUGUCCGAGAAGGGCAUGCAGCGUCUCAUGGCUGCGCUUGGAGAUGAUGGACUCGACGAGGUAGACAUGGCUGCGCUGGAUGAGCUCGCUGGCGAGGAAGACGAAGACGAGGACGAGGACGAGGACGAGGAAGAGGAGGAUGAAGAUGAAGAUGAAGAUGAAGAUGAAGAGAUGGAGGCGAUGGCAGAGGACAGCGAUGAUGAUGAAGAGGAAGCAGCAGACGAGCAGGACGAUGACAUCCCACGCGUCAUUCCCAACGCAAACGGAGACACGCUGGCCGCCUCGAUCGCACGCAGCGGUCUCGUAGAAGCCGUCGAAGACUCCGACGAAGAAGACGAGGAAGAGGAAGCCGACGAGGACGAAGAUGAAGAGGAAGCGAUUGCAUACGAGGACCUGCCCGACGACAUCGAGCUCUCAGAACAAGCCAAAGCCUCGCGCACCCAGCGCAUCAAGGUCAACAACGAACCUGCCCUCCGUCGCAUUUACGAGGACAUCCGACUCGACCCGCCCACGUCGACCUCCAAGCUGCCCUGGAUCGAGACCAUGCGCAUCACCUACCCUACCGCCAUCUCCAGCGAAGUCGCCGAUGUCGAGAACGACCUGGAGCGCGAACUUGCCUUCUAUAAGCAGGCGCUGUACGCCGCUGUGGAGGGCAAGAAGCUGGUCCAGGCUUCGGGGACGGCAUUUACGCGCCCCUCGGACUACUUUGCCGAGAUGGUUAAGACGGACGAGCACAUGGAACGCAUUCGACAGAAGCUGCUCGACGAGUCGGCGGCGAUCAAGGCGAGCGAGGCGGCCAAGAAGCAGCGCGAGCUCAAGAAGUUCGGCAAGAAGGUUCAGGUCGAGAAGCUGCAGGAACGCAUCCGGAACAAGAAGGAGCUCAACGAGCGCAUUGCUGGUCUCAAGCGCAAGCACGGUUCGCUCGAGGAAUCCACAGGCGCUGAUGGAGACGAGUUCGACGUGCGUCUGGAAGAAGCCAUCGGCGGCGGCAGCGGCGGCGCCGGCAGCGACGCCAAGAAGCCCAAGAGGGCUCCCACAAACAAGGCCAAGAUGCCGCGCAACGCGCGCGACGCCAAGUACGGCUUUGGCGGCAAGAAGAAGUACUCCAAGAGCAACACGGCCGAGUCGACCAACGACUUUAGCGUCGGCCCCACCCGCGGCGCCAGGGGCAGCAAGCCCAAGGUCACCUCAGGCAAGGCUGGCUUCCGUCCCAAACAGAAGUCCGGCGCUGCUAAGCGGCCCGGCAAGGCGAGGCGCGCCGGAGGCCACUAA